AUGGGCCAGAUCAACUGCACCCUAACCGUGACCAUAGGUUUUGAUGUUAUGCUCCCACUGACAUUCUGUGUUGAGACGAGACAAGCUCAUGACAAACUUGCCCGGCAAAAAAUGGUUAUGAAUAGCAAGAUGUCGAACCCCGCCACAUUCCUUGGCUUCAUGGCGACGACUGCAGCCCAUAGAGCCGUUUUCUACGGCCGACAUGAGGAUCUUGCGCCUUCUAAUGCCAACCAUGAUGACCUCAUCAUCGACCCAGACUAUAUCAGAGUCAAAAAUGAAGCAAUGGUGGCCGUUCGCCGGACGUUCGAUCAGCGUGAGAAAGUAGAUGACCAGAUGGUUGAGGCCUGUUUUGGACUUAUUUCGACCGCUACAGUUGUGGGCAAUUUCGCAGAGGCCCGGAUACAUCUCAAGAUUCUCGAGCGCGUAACUUCGCAGAUGACCCUGUCUGAGGAGACACUGAUGUGGUUACCGCUGUCAAAUGUGAAAGUUUCGGUUGGACUACUUGUGCGCCCUGUCCUUCCGCUCCUGUUCAUGCGCGAGCCGUUGCCUGAAGAGACUCUAUCCCGUGCUGAGCAACAUCUUCCUUCUGACAUGAAUCGCUUGGGGCAGGACUUCAUGGAGCUACAGCAAAUGAGCCAGCCUUUAAAAUCCUUGCUCACUACUUCCAAGGAUAUUUGCCGUCUUUGCGAAAUGCACCAUUCACUUUUUCAGAGCCCAUCGCGGACAGAAACCCUGAGCUUGCGGAAGAAGGCAACGGAGCUAGAAUAUGAUCUGCUAGCAUAUCCCUACGCGACGACCAUCUUUCCCCGAAACAGCGCCAAUGAACCAGAAAUCCCAGCGUUAGAACGGAUAAUUCGUCUUGCAGGCUUGGGAAUGCUCGCUAUUGCUCCUCACACAAUCCUCGCUUCCACCGGGCUAGGGAGGGCUCUGACGCACCAUCAGAAAGGGGCGUUGGACAAAUGGCUCCACGGGGAACGAUCCAGGAACGUGGAAGAGGCGAAGGUCGUCUGCUGGGCUCUCUUCGUCUUUGUCCAAAACGCCCUGAAACAGCCGGAGCAGCGGUUCUUCACGGAGUCCCUUGCGCAGGUCGCUCGGGAAGCGGGACUCUUGACCUGGGAAGAGGUCGAACAGGUCAUGUUCGGGCUGCUCUACAUACCAUGGCUGCAGUCUUCGAUAUGGAAAGGCAUCUGGACCGAUGUUUGCGACGUCAUUGACUCGACUCACCACCUCCAACGCAACGCCCAAUGA